GGACCUCAUCAUUUUGAGGUGAUAGUUUUAUAAACAUACCUUACAAAUAACUCGGAUGAUAAAACGCAAUUUGCCAUUGACUAUACACGUGACUGAGGUUUGGACAUUUGUUUCAUAUGACCAAUAUCUCAAUGUUGUACGACUAGGAACACACCCCAGGCAGACCUUCGGAACAUUCUCUGUCAUAGAAGCCAAGCGGGAAUGACAAGAGUUCCGCUUCCACCGAUACUUCACAUGAUGGAAUACGAAUACUACCUGUCAUCUUCCAAUUACUGAAUAGUCAUGCUGGCACUCUUCAAGACAUGGCCUAUAUCGUGUGACCAUCCCAAUGUCACUGACAGACGAGUGGUUCACAUGUAGGUGUCGUUGUCUGAAACAUGCAUUUCAGCUGUCGCUGUGCACGGAGCGUAAAGUGAUUGUUCGCUCUAGGCUUUGAAACUGUGAACAUCUGAUAUUGCUUUGACUGGCUGGAACAACGGCGUCUGAAUAGAUGAAACUGUUCAGAAUGAGUGUACACGCCGACAAGAGCGACUCAAGUCUGGUGCUGUCAGACAGGGCGGACCCCGAGGGUGGAGGGGGAGAAGGGGGAGUCGCCGAGACGGCAGUAGUGGAGGGAGUUGCUGAUAACAAGGCCUACAUCCCAGACGCCAAUGGUAAGGUGCUGGAGCAGACGGAGAUGCAGAGCAUGAAGUCAGUGGCUUACAACAAGCCGGAGGGCAACGAGGAAGACAACACCAGCAUCAGAGACCUGGUCAUCAAGUAUGCAGCCAAGUCCACCGUGCACGGACUGCCAUCCACAGUGGCCCAUUCCAUCUACACUGGUCAAAGAUGUUUUUGGUUUCUCAUGGUGUUCACAAUGGCGGCGUCUUUAGGCGCCGUGAUAACCAUGCAGCUGAAGAACUACUACGAAUGGCCGACAGUCAUCAACAUACAGGAAACACCCAUGAGUGCCUUUGAUAUUCCGGAAGUGACGAUAUGUAGCCAGGAACCAAUGGCAUUCACCUUUUACAGUGAUGUCUGGAGGAAUGCAGUCCAAGACUUCAGAGAUAUGGACAUUGCUGUCCACACGGAGACGCUGGUACUGUCCAAUGACCCAGGCUGUAAUGCCACUGACCAAUCUGGGCAGUGUUUGCUUGACAAAGCUAACAGCACAGAACGAACUCGACUUCUAACGGCGUCUCUGGACAGAAGUGGGUGGGACUUCCCCAAGGCUGAGUUCUACAAGAAGGUAGUGACAGACAUGGGGUUCUGCAACACAUUCAAGACGUCGGAGUUCCUGGAGGUUCUUGCGGCCAGGAAUGCAAGUUUGAGUUCAGCUGAAGUGCCUUUGGAUAUCGUGUUAGCAGUGAAACCUAGUUUCACGUGGGUGUUCCCUGGAAACAGAGUUGGGCUGCAGGUCACUCUCCAUACGAAGGAUGAAACACCGUUUCCACGGAAGAAAAAGGUUUUCGUACCUGUCAACACCAGUUGUCGCAUCAAGUACAAGAAGACAAUUAGAAGAGCCCUCACAACGCCAUACAAGUCCUUCACUGGUGAGCAGUGCAUUGACACAGAAUCUAGCGGCUUCAUAAACCCUCUGACUAGAUACGGCACGUACACAAAAGAUGCGUGUCUAGCCGAGUGUUUUGUCAACUUCACCAUCGCCCACUGUGGAUGUCGAUAUUUUCUUCAUCCAGGUGACGAGGAGAUGUGUUCUUCAAAGGGCACGCCCAAGUGUAUGGAAGAAUCACAGGCACUGUUUGGUAAGCACAACGAGAGAUGUAACUGCACCGCACCGUGCGUGGAGACGGAGUUUGAUUCCUAUCUCUCCAGCAGUGAGAUAGUCAAGCCAGAGUACCACAUGAUGCAUCUUGAGCUGAUGAGCGCAGCUGAAGUGAAAACUGAAAUCAGCCAAGUACCGGUGUACACACUGGAGUCGAUACUGGGAUCAAUCGGUGGAAUGAUUGGGUUGUUUAUGGGCUUCAGUCUCGUGUCUCUCAUGGAGUUUGUGGAGCUCAUCUUCAUCGCCGUCAGUCAAUGCUGUGCCUGCCUCAAACAGAAACGCCGCCCUUGACAUUUUAACGGAUUGAUUAACGUACGAUACCCUUUAUAACAAAUAUUGCUCAUUUUUCCGCGAGCAAGAAUGGUUUAACCAGAAGGCGACAUGAUAAACAAAAAAAGGGCUGGAAUUAUUAAGGGGAGAGUGUUUGAAGACAGAUUCAGGGAUAAAUUCAGGAAAUAAAAUGAAGAACUCCGUGAAGGUUCGUGAAGAUAUGCUUGUAGCUUUAUUGUUGGUAAAAUGUUGAUGUUGUAAAUGGUAUUUUAAUUGACAACCAGUCAUUAUUAACUUGUUUGAUAUUAUCCCAACCACCAUCCCAAGAUACAAGUGGUGACACUGUGGGUUGUUAUGAAUGUACAGUAACAAUUGCUUGUUAUUAACACACUGUAACUCUCUCUCUCUCUCUCUCUCUCUCUCUCUCUCUCUCUCUCUCUCUCUCUCUCUCUCUCUCUCUCUCUCUCUCUCUCUCUCUCUCUCUCUCUCUCUCUCUCUCUCUCUCUCUCUCUCUCUCUCUCUCUCUCACUGAAGAAUGACACCUCCAUCUGUUCUUUCUUUGUGGUAAUUUCAUUAGGGAGAAAACUAUAUUUAGAUUAAUAAAAAUAUUUAUCAAUUA